AUGGAGCGGCGUCCCGACCAGAACGGCGACGUCGUCCUGGAGAUCAACUCUUCCGGCGCCGGCGAGGACCAUCCGCAGGGCGUCCUUACCGGAGAGCAAGAAAAGAAUGGCGACACGAACGGCGCCGGCGCCGCCGCCGCGCGUGGUCGGUCGAUGAGCUUCAGCCAGGCCUACAAGAUGCGGCACCGGACACCUCAGGCACGUCUCUGUCUGGAUAUGCAGGUGUUCACGGCGUGGCAGACGGCGGUACUCAGCUUCCAGUCCCUGGGCAUCGUCUACGGCGACCUCGGCACGUCGCCGCUCUACGUGUUCCCGUCCGUCGUCCUCCCCGGCGCCGACGAGCGCGACUUCCUCGGCAUCCUCAGCAUCAUCCUCUGGACGCUCACCCUCAUGAGCCUCGUCAAGUACGUGCUCGUCGUCCUCCGCGCCGACGACCACGGCGAGGGCGGCACCUUCGCCAUCUACUCGCUCCUGCGGCAGCACGUCAACUUCAAGGGCAGCAUGCCGGUGCAGGUCACGCGGCUGCCGUCAGAUCUACACCUCAGGUUCCACAGCAACAAGAAGAAAGAGCCCUCAUGGAUGCAGAGGCUCCUCGAGCGCAGCACGACGCUGCAGUCGUGCGUCACCUACACCGUUCUCCUCGGCACCUGCAUGAUCAUGGGCGACGGCGCACUCACUCCGGCAAUCUCAGAGCAUGUGGUGAUGCUGACGGUGGUGAUCCUGCUGCUCCUCUUCCUUUUCCAGCAGCUGGGCACGAGCAGGGUCAGCUUCUCCUUCUCCCCGAUCAUGCUCGUCUGGUUCGGAUCCAUCUCCAUGAUCGGGCUCUACAACAUCAUCAAGUACUACCCGCCGGUUCUCAAGGCCGCGUCGCCCCAUUACAUAUACUACUACUUCGCCCGGAACGGGGCCGCCGGAUGGGAGCAACUCGGAGCCAUAAUCCUCUGCAUAACAGGUGCUGAAGCCAUGUUUGCUGACUUGGGUCACUUCAACAAGACAUCAAUUCAGGCGGCAUUCUCGACAGUGGUGUACCCAUCACUGAUCCUCGCGUACUCCGGCCAAGCAGCGUACCUAAUCAAGAACCCAGCAAAUCUGAGCACGGCGUUCUACAGCAGUAUCCCAGGUCCCCUGUUCUGGCCCAUGUUCGUCGUCUCCACCCUGGCCGCCAUCGUCGCCAGCCAGUCGCUCAUCUCUGCCAGCUUCUCCAUCAUCCGGCAGUCCAUCAACCUCGGCUGUUUCCCCCGUGCCACCGUGCGGCACACCUCCGACAAGUACGAGGGCCAAGUUUACUGCCCCGAGGUGAACUACCUCCUCAUGGUCCUCUGCAUCCUCAUCACCGUUGGCUUCCAGGGAGGGCCUGAGAUAGGGCACGCCUUCGGAGUCGCGGUGAUCUGGGUGAUGUUGAUCACCACGGCGCUGAUGACGGUGGUCAUGGUGGUAAUCUGGGAGGUGCGCGCCGCAUACGUCGUCGCGUUCUUUGCGGUCUACCUGGCCAUCGAGGGCGUGUACAUGAGCUCGCUGAUGAACAAGAUGGCGCAGGGUGGGUGGGUGCCGUUUGCCAUCACCGCCUUCUUCCUGGUGAUCACGCUGUCCUGGACCUACGGCCGGAAGAAGAAGAGCGAGUACGAGGCAGGCCACAUGAUCACCACCGAUGAUCUCGCCGGGAUCGUCGCCAGGUCGGCGCGCGUGCCCGGGGUGUGCUUCUUCUUCACGGACCUGAUGAACGGCGUCCCGCCCAUCGUGCGCCACUACGCGGAGCACACCGGCAGCCUCCGCGAGCUGCUGGUAUUCGUCACCGUCAGGACGCUGCCCAAAAACUUCAAUUCUGGUGUUGCUACACUGAAGUUGGAUUACAACAAAACUCUACAGGUCGGAAAUCGGUACAAGAUAGAGUGA